AUGUCUACAAAUGAACCCGAUUCUCUUGAUCCUCAACCCUCUCGAGCUCAGGAUCACACACUUCGUAUCUCCACUUCUCCUCGAAACAUUUCGAUAUCUAGUUCUCCACAGAAUCCUCAGUAUCUGUCAAAUUCUCCGCAGGAAGCUAGAUAUUCUGUUUCGCCAAGAGAGGCUCGACAUCUUUCUGCUGAAGACCAUCGAUCAUCUGCUUCAUCUACUGCUGAAGAGACUAGUUCUCUUAGAAAUACCCGAAAUAUCUCUCCCGAUAACCAACGUCGGCUCGUUUCACCUACUGCAGAAGAAUUAUACACAUAUGGAGAACCAUUCCCCGAGAUGCCAGAAUAUCCUCCGCAUGUCGCAGAUCCUUUAGUACAUAUUCAACAACCAUCUGACUCACAAGAUGGCUCGCAGAUGCCUAGAGAAGAAGUUACUUCUUUCGCUGGAUACUUCACAUUGAUUACAGAUUCGACUAUGGGAGUUGAGGAUGGAGAUGGAAGUCCGAAAACGCCAACGACACACCAUCCGUGUAAGAUCCAUUAUAUAUUUUCGGAUGAUGAGGAUUGUGAGGAAUUGAAAGAGGCUUGUUUGAGAAGUUUACCGGAUGCGUCAAACACAGAUACUUCAAAUAGUAAUUCCAUGACCAACAAGAGUUCUGGGGAAUUAAGAACCUCGGACUCGAGCUCAAGCUCAAAAUCAAUAGUAGCAACGAAGAAGGAAAACAAGGAUCCACAGGUGAAACAGAGAGAGGAAAGAGUUGUCAUUAUCGAUAUGAACGAAACGGGAGAUAGAGUAGUCAGAGCACAAAGUCUGAGUGACAAAUGGCAGGUUAUGGGAUGUGAGAUUGGGAAAGCACCGAUUUUUGAAAGUGUGGGUGAGGAGGGCGGAGAGAAGAAGGAGAAGGGAGGUGGAUUGAUGUUGAGGAUUGAUGGGGUGGGAAUACCCGUUCAUAAAGGGGACAAGGAGUUGAGUGGCAGUCGGGAGAAGGGGAAAGGAAAGGAAAUCAACGAGAUGAAUGAAAAAGAGAUUGCGAAUUUGGAUUUGGACAAAAUACUUGAGGGAUUCGAUAAACGGAUGGACAUUCUACGUAAGGUUAUUGGUGGUGUGGGUUGGGAUAUGGGAGAGACGGGUUUGAACAACUUUGAUGGAGAAGAAGCAGAUGAAGAACGAGACGAAGAACGAGAUAUGGCGAUAGCUGGAUUGCAGUCAGCGGAAGAAGAGCAGAGAGAGCGGGAGGUAGAUGGAGAAGCAUUUGAAGCUUCUUGA